AUGUCCUACUAUCCAAAGCAGUCCUGUUAUGAUCCAUGCCGUCCCAGGAGUUUCUCCUCCGGAAGCAGCCUCCUUGGCUCCAAGCGUAGGACUCGCUGGAGCAGCGGGAGCUGCCUCGGCAGUUACGGCCGGGGUGUCCGCUACUACCCCUCUUGCGGUUACGGUUACGGUGGUUAUCAAAGCCCAGCCUGCUACCAGCCCUUAAGUUACAACUGCGGUUACGGUUACGGUUACGGCAAAAAAUACUGCCCACCCGUGUGGUAUGGGGGCUACGGUUCCGGCGGUUACGACUAUGGGUGUAGAUACGGUGGUCUCCUCGGCCGUCGCCAGUCCAUCUGCUACGACCCCUGUUAUGGUCCUAAGUAUCAAUACGGUUCCAGGCGUGGCAGCUACUGUUGGCCUUGCUAA